AUGAAGCCAACUUAAGUUUAUUAAAAUCGUGUGGUGAGUCUUCUGAGCUGUAAUUCAACAUAGAGUAGUCCAAUAACUACGAGUGAAUUGAACGAUUCAAUUGAAUACUAUAUGGACUAAAAAGACUAUCAGACAGAAGUGGAAAUAGUAAGGUAUCUACAUAGUUUGGGAGUGCGAACAAAAACUGAUCCUUUAAUAAAAGAGCAGCAAUAUUGGAAAGAAAGAAAAGAAAAGAGUUAUAUAUUGUUAGAGAAUAUUAUGAACUCUUCUGAAAGAUUAGUCUUAAAUCCAAGUGUAAAUCGGUUGAUGAGAAAGAGUGUAACUUAAAUUUCGAGGAAUUCAAAUAGUCCCUAUUUCUUACUGGAUUAAUUAUGA